GGAUGUGCCCACAACCAAGGGACUGCGCCAUGAGCGUCCCGGACUACAUGCAGUGCGCCGAGGACCACCAGACGCUCCUCGUGGUGGUGCAGCCUGUGGGGGUCGUCUCGGAGGAGAACUUCUUCCGGAUCUACAAGAGGAUCUGCUCCGUGAGCCAGAUCAGCGUGCGGGACUCCCAGCGCGUGCUGUACAUCCGCUACCGGCACCACUACCCGCCCGAGAACAACGAGUGGGGCGACUUCCAGACCCACCGCAAGGUCGUGGGCCUCGUCACCAUCACCGACUGCUGCUCGGCCAAGGACUGGCCGCAGACCUUCGAGAAGUUCCACAUGCAGAAGGAGAUCUACGGCUCCACCCUCUACGACUCCAGGCUCUUCGUCUUCGGGCUGCAGGGGGAGAUCGCCGAGCAGCCGCGCACCGACGUGGCCUUCUACCCCAGCUACGAGGAUUGCCCGGGCGUGGAGAAGAGGAUCGAGGACUUCAUCGAGUCGCUGUUCAUUGUGCUCGAGUCCAAGCGUCUGGACAGGGCCACCGACAAGUCCGGGGACAAGGUGCCCCUGCUCUGUGUCCCCUUCGAGAAGAAGGACUUUGUCGGCCUGGAUACGGACAGUAGACAUUACAAGAAGAGGUGCCAGGGGCGCAUGCGGAAGCACGUGGGGGACCUGUGCCUGCAGGCGGGCAUGCUGCAGGACUCCCUGGUGCACUACCACAUGGCCGUGGAGCUGCUCCGCGCCGUGAACGACUUCUUGUGGCUCGGCGCUGCCCUGGAAGGGCUGUGUUCGGCUUCUGUCAUCUAUCACUACCCUGGUGGGACCGGUGGCAAGAAUGGAGCUCGCAGGUGCCAGGGGGGCUCACUUCCUGCCGAGGCAGCCAACAGACACCGACCAGGCGCACAGGAAGUUCUCAUUGACCCAGGUGCCCUCACCACCAACGGCAUAAACCCCGACACCAGCGCUGAGAUCGGACGCGCCAAGAACUGCCUGAGCCCCGAAGACAUCAUCGACAAGUACAAGGAGGCCAUCUCCUACUACGGCAAGUACAAGAAUGCGGGAGUGAUUGAGCUGGAAGCGUGCGUCAAAGCUGUGCGUGUCCUGGCCAUUCAGAAGCGGAGCAUGGAGGCUUCCGAAUUUCUCCAGAAUGCCGUUUACAUUAACCUCCGACAGCUUUCCGAGGAGGAGAAAAUCCAGCGCUACAGCGUCCUCUCCGAGCUCUACGAGCUCAUCGGCUUCCGGCGCAAGUCCGCCUUCUUCAAGCGCGUGGCCGCCAUGCAAUGCGUGGCGCCCAGCAUCGCCGAGCCCGGCUGGAGGGCCUGCUACAAGCUGCUUCUGGAGACGCUGCCGGGCUACAGCCUGUCGCUGGACCCGCAGGACUUCAGCAAAGGCACGCACCGAGGCUGGGCUGCUGUGCAGAUGCGCCUGCUUCACGAGCUGGUCUACGCCUCCCGGAGGAUGGGGAACCCCGCCCUGUCCGUCAGGCACCUGUCCUUUCUGCUGCAGACCAUGCUGGACUUCCUGUCGGAUCAAGAAAAGAAAGACGUGACGCAGAGCCUGGAGAGCUACACAUCCAAGUGCCCUGGGACGAUGGAGCUCAUCACCCUGCCGGACGGCCUCAGCCUGCCGCCUGUGCCCCUCACCAAGCUGCCCAUCGUCAGGCGUGUGCAACUGCUGAAUCUCCCUGCCAGCCUCCGGCCGCAGAAAGUGAAGAGCUUGCUGGGCCAGAACGUGUCCGCCAAGAGCCCCUUCAUCUACUCGCCCAUCAUGGCCCACAGCCGUGGGGAGGAGCGGAGCAAGAAGAUCGAUUUCCAGUGGGUGCAGGGAGACGUGUGCGAAGUCCAGCUGAUGGUGUACAACCCCAUGCCCUUUGAACUCCGAGUUGAGAACAUGGGGCUCCUCACGAGUGGAGUGGAGUUCGAGUCUCUUCCUGCGGCACUUUCCCUCCCGGCCGAGUCUGGUCUUUACCCAGUGACGCUCGUCGGGGUCCCCCAGACGACGGGGACGAUUUCCGUGAACGGUUACCACACCACCGUCUUUGGCGUCUUCAGCGACUGUUUGCUGGACAACCUCCCAGGAAUAAAGAACAACGGCUCCACAGUUGAAGUAAAAGCUGCUCUGCCCAGACUGCAAAUCAGCACGUCUCUGCCCAGAUCUGCGCACUCCUUGCAACCUGCCUCUGGUGACGAAGUAUCCACGCAUGUGUCCGUCCAGCUUUACAACGGAGAGACGCAGCAGCUUGUCAUCAAGUUGGAGAACAUCGGAGUGGAGCCCUUGGAGAAGCUGGAAGUCACCUCCAAAGUCCUCACCUCCAAAGAAAAGCUGUAUGGCGACUUCCUGAGCUGGAAGCUAGAAGAAGCCCUGGCCCAGUUUCCCCUGCAGCCCGGCCAGGUGGCCACGCUCACUGUCAACAUCCAGGUGAAGCUGGACUUCUCGUGCCAGGAGAACCUCCUCCAAGACCUCAGCGACGAUGGGAUCAGCGUGAGCGGCUUCCCCUUGUGCAGCCCCUUCCGCCAAGUAGUGAGGCCACGUGUGGAGAGCAAGGGCGCGAACCCGCCCGAGGGCAGCAAGCCUGGGGACCCGAGCCACACGAAGGCCCUGGAAGCGAUCCUGAACUUCAAGUACUCCGGAGGCCCAGGCCACGUGGAAGGCUACUACAGGGACCUGUCCCUGGGGCUGCGCGUGGAGGUGGAGCCGUCAGUGUUCUUCACGCGAGUCAGCACUCUGCCGGCCACCAGCACCCGGCAAUGCCACCUGCUCCUGGACGUCUUCAACUCCACGGAGCACGAGCUGAGCCUCAGCGCCCGCGGCAAUGAGGAGCUCAUCCUGCAUGUGGGCGAGUGCCAGCGAAUGGCGAUUCAGGUGGACAAGUUCAACUUUGAGAGUUUCCCAGAGUCCCCUGGGGAGAAGGGACAAUUUGCGAGUCCAAAGCAGCUGGAGGAGCAGAGGCAGGAGGCGCGCGGCCUGGAGAUCAACAGCAAGCUGGGCAUCCGGUGGCGGAUCCCCUCGCUGAAGCGCACGGGCGAGGCCAGCGUGGAGGGCGUCCUGAACCAGCUGGCCCUGGAGCACCUGCAGCUGGCCCCCCUGCAGUGGGACGUGCUGGUGGACGGACAGCCGUGUGACUGCGAGGCGGCGGCCUGCCAGGUGGGCGAUCCCAUGCGCCUGGAGGUGCGGCUGACGAACCGGAGCCCGCGCAGCGUGGGGCCCUUCGCCCUCACCGUGGUCCCCUUCCAGGACCACCAGAACGGCGUGCACAACUACGACCUGCACAGCGCCGUCUCCUUCGUGGGCUCCAGCACCUUCUACCUGGAUGCGGUGCAGCCUGCGGGCCAGUCGGCCUGCCUCGGGGCCCUCCUCUUCCUCUACACGGGCGACUUCUUCCUGCACGUCCGGGUGCACGAGGACAGCACAAGCAAGGAGCUGCCGCCCUCCUGGUUCUGCCUGCCCAGCGUGCACGUGCGCGCCCUGGAGGGCCAGGCCUGAGCCCGGGUCCGGCCUGUGCUGUGGGGGUGCCCGGUCUGGCCCCCCAGCCUUUGUUGUAGCUCCUGUCCCUCCUCCAGCUCAGCUCCAGCCCCAGCCCCCUUAAUCCCUUUUUCCUGCAGCACCUUUUCUGGGCUGUGCCAAGUGUGGAGACACAGCAGCCUCACCCCUCCCCGCACUGCCCACCACGGACCCUUUGCUGGAGCCUGGCGCUAAGGCCGAUGCUGCCCAACCCCAGGGGGCGAGGCUCACCUACCCAGCUGGGACCCUGCACCUUGGGAUCACAGCCCAGCCAGGGUGGGCCUGCAGAGACGCCCAGGCCUCAGAAUCCCCCAGGGCUGGCCCUUCUCCCUGAGCCCCCGAGGCAUCCCCUGUGCCAGAUGCUGGGUAGUGUCCGGGCGGGGCCCCAGGGACCAUGGCCUGUGUGUAUCUGUGUGUCUGUGACAAGUUCUCCAAUAAAGGGCCUGCCUGGC